GCGCAUGCGCACACCCUCCAUCUCUCACUCCUUUCUUGCGACUCAACAGAGCGUCCGGUUCAGUGUGUAGCCUUAACUUCAUCCUCACUCCUUACAGUUCUAUCGAACAUACACUUUGGUCUUUUCUGCGAUUAGUUCGCCUUAGACGAAAUGAUCGACCAAGUUGGUGCGAUUCACGCGCAGUGGCUUGAGGUCAUUCAAACCGCCAUUGUCUUUACUGUCCUCACAACGAUCGCCGUUGGAUUGCGAUUCUGGACCAAGUCGACUACGAAGGCAGGCUUUGGUUCUGACGACGUUUUCAUCGGAAUUGCCCUGUUUCUUUUCUAUGGGUUGGUCGGCGUGCAGAUAUACGCUUGUCUCUAUGGAAAGGAUAUAAAGUCACCACUUGAACUGCCCCGAUACAUUCAGUUUGUCUAUGUAACAGGCGAGCUUUAUUGCUUCCUUGUCCUUGCGAUCAACACCUCGGUCGUCCUAUUCUACCGCCGUAUAUUUGCGAUUCCAGAAUUCAAGCGACUUACAACAAUAUGCCUCGGCCUGAAUGUAGUAUGGUUCAUACCGAUGAUCUUCGUGUCUACGUUCACUUGUUAUCCUGUUUCAGCAAUGUGGGACAUCUUCCACUUCCCGGCUCACUGCAUCAACUACCCGCCGUUUUUCGUUGUAAUCGUCUCCACCGAAUUACUUCUAUGCUGCAUCACAUUGGCAUUGCCUGUAGUUCAGGUUUCGAAGCUGAAUUUGAGCCGUCAGACUCGGGCAGGAGUGAUUGGUAUCUUUCUGCUAGGUGGCUUCGUAAUUGUCACCGGUAUCAUCCGAAUCACCGUCUCCUACCACCCUGGAGAGCCCAUGAUCGAUCUAGCGGUGGAUAUGCUGUGGAAUACCAUUCAUAUUGGAACUGGAAUCAUCUGCGCUUGCCUUCCCACUUAUCGACCUCUCGCACGCGCUAGCGCAUCUUUCAUUUCUUCGAAGCUAUCCAGCUUGCGAUCGAAAGGGCGGAGUGAGGCAUCAUCGAAGCUAUCGUCUCAGAAGACAUAUGGACAUGGGGGUAGCAAACUUUCAAAAUCCGAAAGCGCGCAGAAUGUCACCAGGAUUUCGCUUGGGGAGGAUCUCAGGGACAGUCAUGAUGGUCUCCCGGAGAACUGCCUUCGACAUGAUACAUCCGGGGAAAGCUUUUCAAUGCGGGAGGCUCACAGGAUUGUAUAGAGCGGAAACAGUUUAUGCCUCUAUACCAAUCGUCGAGUCUGAAUACCCAGGAAUAUGAAAGGGGACAAGCCGACCAGAGCAAAUUCAUGUCUCGCCUUAAUAGAUCAAAUCAAAAUUUGCACAACAAAGUAG